AUGGCCAUGAUACGAGUUCUGACGGAGGAGGGAGCCGACCACAUCUUCCACCACCAGUACAAGCCGGGCCAUUAUACAUACUGGGACAAAGCCAUGAACCCGAUCUGGAGCAGGAUCGCGGAGGCUCUGCCCAUGUGGUUGGCGCCGAACUUGGUCACCGUUAUCGGCUUCGUCCCUUUGUGUGUCGUUUUCGUGGCCUCGUGGUACAGCGAUCCCUUUUUUGGCCAAGCACCGCCUCGAUGGCUAUCUGUAAGCUGGUGCAUCACGAUGCUCUUCUACCAGACGAUGGAUGCUGUUGAUGGCAAGCAAGCUCGCCGCACGGGCUCCUCUUCACCUCUGGGCCAGCUGUUCGACCAUGGGCUUGACAGUGUGGCGAACUUGCUGCAGCACGCGGCGGUGGCCUCGAUCGCAUGCAGCAGCAGCAUGCCCUGGAUAAUGUUCUCCAUGGAAUCUAUGAUGAUCGGCUUUCUGCUGGCCGCGUGGCAGGAGUACCACACUGGGGUCUUCCCCACUGCGGCUGGUGAGAUGGGCGUCACCGAAGGUCAGUUCACUGUGAUGUCGGCGAUGCUGCUGGCUGGUGUUGCUGGUCCAGAGGUAUGGCAGGGCUUCUUGCGUGCAGCUCCUGACUGCAUUCUCCUCAAGAUGAUUGCAGCCGUCGUGUGCACCAUGUGGCUGGCGCCGUUGGCUACUACCCUGAAAGCUGCUGGACCCAUCGCGCUGCAGGAGCUGGUGCCGAUAGCCGUGACUUUCUUUGCUGCCCACUUCUGGCAGCAUGACUUGAUGGCCUCUUCGCCCCGGCUGGUGCUGCUACUCACAGGAUUGAACUUCUGCUGGAUGAACCUGCAGCUUAUCGUGUUUACCAUGGCCAGGAUGCCUUUCUCCCCGGCUCAAUGGUGUGUGCUGCCUUUCGUGGCUUCAGUGGCGGCAUCUUGGGUAUUACCGGUUUCGACUGCUAGAAUCGUUCUCAUCUCCCACAUCUUCGUUUUCGGGAGCUGGUUGCUGGUGUGGAUUGUGUCGGUGGUGCAGCAGCUGAAGCUAAAACUAGGAGUGUCCAUGUUUUCCAUCAAGAAGCGUUCUUGA